CACGCGCGGUGACGCAGUACGGCGGCCGGGAGAGGCAGGCGGGCGCCGCCGGGGCAGUGUGAUCAUCUCGUCCGGCUGUCGCUGCGCUGGGAGUGAGCGUACUCGCGAUGGAGCCGCUGGAUCGCUGCGCCCGGCCCCUGCGCACCGCCCUGGUGCGGAGCUCGAUGCGGCUAUGGCUGCCCUGGGGCCUGCUGGGCCUCAUGCUGGGCGGCUCCCUCCUGAAGGCGCUGGGGCCGCUGCCCGACUCCUACAUGAGCAGCAAGCGCAACCUGCUCAACAUCUAUUUUGUCAAAUUGGCCUGGGCCUGGACGUUCUGGCUACUGCUACCCUUCAUUGCCAUCACCAACUACCGUCUCAGCCGAAACGUCCUGGGGACGCUGCGGCGUAUCAGCACCCUGCUGGUGGGCACCGUGGCCUGGUAUGUCUGCACUAGUCUCUUCUUGCACAUAGAGGAUUUCACUGGCAGCUGCUACAAAUCGCCAGCACUUGAUGUGCUGUUCCAGGAGCACCUCAGCAAGUGGCAGUGCCGCCAGGGUGGUGGCUUCUGGCACGGCUUCGACAUCUCAGGGCACUCCUUCCUCCUAACCUACUGUGCCCUGAUGAUUGUGGAGGAGAUGGCUGUGUUGCAUGUCCUGAACACCGAUCGGAGCCCACGAUUACAUGCAGUGGUCAAUGCCCUGUUCGUUGCCUUGAGCUUUCUCACCCUGAUCUGGGUCUGGAUGUUUUUUUGCACUGCUCUAUAUUUCCAUGACUUCUCCCAAAAAUUGUUUGGCACCCUAGUGGGUCUAUCAGCCUGGUAUGGAACAUACAGGUUCUGGUACUUGAAAUCCUUUUCUCCUGGACUUCCUCCCCAAAACACUAGCUUGAGUUCAAAGAAGCCUAAUUGUAGCAGAUAAAAGUUUCUGUGUUUCAGAUUUUGUUUUAAAUACAGGAAUAUUAGUUUGUCCAAUGCUACUUUUUUUUUAAUAGUAAAGAGCAUAUUUAAGGGGAUGGGAAGAAAGGCCAAUAGUCUUUACAGUCUGAUGCCUGGCUUGUGGCUAUGAUACGGUUCCUGGUGAGCAAAUGUUGAUAUCACAGAACUGCCUACCGUGAUUGGGUAUAAUUGGCCACCUAACUGAAAUCUGAGCAGAGAGGCCAAGGGUUGGAUCCCACCUGGAGACUGAAUUAUCUUCUCCCUUCCUGUGGGUCUUGCUGGGGCAAGCUUGAGGCCCAUUGGCGAGGUGCUGUAAGGAAAGCCUGCACUGCUGCCUGUGCUCUCUCUACCUGUUCUGUCGAUAAACAGAGGAUCCAGGAUUGACAGAGGUCUUCAGUCUUUAGGGCUGUCAAACCAACACCUUUCACUGAUCUGAAAUUCAUCGUUCUCUUCCCCACCCCCAUCUUUUUUUAAGAUAAAAUAUUUCAUAUGGUCCAAAUCUUGUGCUAGGUUUUAAGUCUGACUUUUUGAACACUAGUUGUAAACUUUACAAAUGUGCCUGGGGCAGUGUAAUGGUGCUAACUAUUGCAACAGACUUUUAAUUGGCAAUCAAAAUGCACUUAUUAAAGCAGAAUGGAGCUGGGUUGUGAAGCCUCACAUUCUCAGACUGUUAAAUACUUUCACAUCCCAUAAAUCUUAAUUGGCCAUCUGUAUAUUCAGCAACGAGAAGAGACACUUUGUUUUUUGAGACCCAGAGUCUAAUGUUGGGUCAUAGCUUUAAAUUGACUGCUACUCUCAAUCUUUGAAAAUGAAUUCCUAAAAAAUAAGUUUUAUUGCUUCAGUUGAUUUUUAAAAAAUCGAUUUGUCCCUUUAUUCUUAACACUAAUUGUAAAAAUAGCAAGGUGGUAUGUUUUGUUAAAAUGUAAUAAUAAGACGACUCCUCCCAAUUCUCUGUUAAUUGGCUUGUACAAAAAUGUUAAUGAUUUAAAAGAUUUUUUUCUUCAGAUGUUAUAAGUUGCAAAUUUUGUAUUUGCAAUAAAAAAGCUCUGUUUGAUGUGUACCUUUCAGACGCCCUGCGGAUUUCUGGCCUCAUGUAACAAGUGCACUGACUGGACCCACUAUAUCUUGAAUCACUCUGUUUAUUGGGGAUUGUAUGUAAUACAGUGUUUGCCAAGGGUACUAUAGCAAUAUGCUUAAAGAAAUAUUUAUUCUUACCUUUUUGUUGGCAUCAAUAAGCUAUUUUAAUUGCAUACUAAGCUGUGGCAAAAAGUGGUAGCCAGUCAAACCCUAUUAUGAUGUACAGAUUGGGACGUCUCUGUUCUGUCCUUCAUGUGAGAUGGACAUUUAGCAUAAUUUUUAGUUUAAAAAAGUUUUAUCUUGUUUUACAAAAGGCUUAUUCAUGUCAGGGUACACAAACCAAAAUCAGUUUUACAGCAGUAGUAGUGAGUCCAGCAGGCUAUCAAAAGCUUUUCGUAGCUCAUCUGUAUGUCUGCUAAACUGUAGCUAGUUCUAAUAGCACAGUAAU